CGUCUCUGGGGCUGGAAGGAUCUGCCUCUGUCUCCUCUCUCUUGGGGGUUGCUUGUGGGGCAGGAUCCAUGGGCUCCACUGGGGUCCCCCUGCUGCUGCUGCUGGUGGGGGCGCUGUCCCAGAUCCCAGGAAGCGAAGGGGGGCAGGAGCCCUCUGCCCAUUUCUUGCACCAGGCAAAGGCUGAGUGCCACUUCUUCAACGGGACGCAGCGGGUGCAGUUUCUGGUCAGGAUCUUCUACGACCGGCAGGAGUUUGUCCGCUUCAACAGCGACAUCGGGAAGUUCGUGGCCCUCACCGAGUUCGGGCAGCCGGAUGCCAACAAGUGGAACCGCCGCCAAGACAUCCUGCAGGACGCGAGGGCCAAAGUGGAUUCCUUCUGCCGAGAGGCCUACGGGGUGGGCAGCUACAGGGCAGACAAGACACGGCGUGUGAUUGGCCGGAGAA